AUGGCUUCCUCGAAUCAUCACCAGGAGCUUCCUAGCUCUCUGGGCGCCUCUGAAGCUCCGGAGCUCGAUAAGAGGCCUACACAGGACCUCGAAACCAACGACGCCACGCCUGAAGACGUUGCCGGCGUUCGCUUUUCUUCCGCUGUCCAGGAGAUAUCACCUACACAACCCACUACCGUUGAACCGUCGUCAUCAAACUUGGAACAUGAAGAUGGAGACCAGUCGAGCCCUUUCACCGAGGUUACUGCCGAUCAGCUUAAAGCAUUCACGAAGUCACUCCACGGCCGGCCACUGCAAGAACUACGCCUAAAUAACUGCCAGUUCGAGGCGUUUUCUCUUCCGCCCUCCCGAGUCCCAUCGAACGAAGAUGAAUCCGGACAGUCUACGAGACUGCCCACACCCACAUCUGCCAGCUUUCAAUCCCCACACAGCAGCCCUCAAAUCUCUGCAUUGGCGUCUCCUCCCCUCACUCCCGCAGCAUCCGGCCAGGCUAGCUUAGAUAAGAAGCCCAAGGAAGGAUUAAAAGCGAACGAGCCUCCAAUCAUCACCCCACAAGCUUCGUCAUCCCACGAGAAAGCCUCGCCAGCUCCAGAUAGGAGGCCUUCCGCCCCACGAGCUGCCUCGGACAAUGUGGUUCGGAGGGCGUCAUCUGCUGAAGAGCAACAUCAGUCUCACCGCCGAGGCAUGUUCACAGCUGGACCUGGAUCUGUGCCUGCAUCUAGAGAGUCGAGCCCUUCUCGAAGUUCAGCAUCUAACUUCUACUCGAAGCCGUUUACCCCUGGUGGCGAUGCUAAUGAUCCCUAUGCCAAAGGCCGGCGGCCUGCACCAGCAGCACACACUACAAAGCACUCAAUCGACCCAAGGUUCAUUUUCUCUCGCAAGAAGAAGCACAGCUCUCCACAUGGAUCCAAGACAAACUUGAACGAUAAGCGCGCUUCCUCAAUCUUUGGUAGUGCGAGGAACAGCAGUGAAGAACUUGCACAGAAUGAUAGUAUUACCACUGGCAACCUUCACACUGGACAUGGUUCAAUGGCAGAUUUGAAGCGAUUUUUCCGAAAAGGAGGACACCACAACAAGAAACGGGAGUCUUCCCCAGCACCAUCGAUCAAGCUUGGUUCCAAGACACCUCCAGUUGCCAAAUCGACCCAGCAAUUACCCUUUGGAGACGAUCAUGGACUGUCUUCCAAGUACGGUAAGCUCGGCAAGUUUCUGGGAUCUGGUGCGGGUGGCUCGGUUAGACUUAUGAAGCGCAAGGACGACGGUACCGUGUUUGCCGUCAAGGAGUUCCGUGCGAGACACACAUACGAGACCGAAAAGGAGUAUAACAAGAAGGUAACAGCCGAAUUUUGCGUUGGAUCAACCCUUCAUCAUGGCAACAUCAUCGAGACCUUGGAUAUCCUCCAGGAAAAGGGGCGGUGGUAUGAAGUAAUGGAGUACGCUCCGUUUGACCUCUUUGCAAUUGUUAUGACUGGUCGGAUGUCUCGGGAAGAGAUAACAUGUUGCUUCCUCCAAAUCCUCAAUGGCGUGACUUAUCUGCAUAGCGUAGGGCUUGCCCACCGCGAUCUGAAGCUGGAUAAUGUGGUGGUCAGCAGCAAGGGCAUUAUGAAGAUUAUCGAUUUUGGGAGUGCACAUGUUUUCAAAUAUCCAUUUGAGACUGACACUGUUCCUGCUAAAGGAAUUGUUGGCUCUGAUCCUUAUCUCGCACCUGAGGUAUACGACUCGAAAGAGUAUGACGCUGUUGCUGUGGAUAUUUGGUCUCUGGCCAUCAUUUUCUGCUGCAUGACUCUUCGCCGUUUCCCUUGGAAGGUUCCACGAAUGACAGAUAACUCCUUCAAGUUAUUCGCGGCGGAUCCAACUCCGGGACACGAUCCCAGAAAGCUGAUUGUCCCCUCCAAGUCAACCAACGACCUAACCACCACGCCGGCGCGAGAUUUCUUAGCUGAGGAUGAAACAAAAAGCCUCCCUUAUCACGAUCGAAAGGAAGACGCAACUCCAAGCCAAGCCGCCACCACAACCGAAUCGAAGGCUCCAGCCACGGGAGAGAAAAAGGAGGUUAUCCGAGGCCCAUGGCGUAUCUUGCGUUUGCUGCCUAGGGAGAGUAGGCAUAUUGUCAGCAGAAUGCUUGACCUUAACCCGAAAAAACGUGCUCGAAUGGAUGAGAUUCUACAAGAGCCAUGGGUUGCAGAUACAGUUAUCUGUCAGCAAUUCGACCAUGGUGAAGUGGUCCCUGCGGACAACCACACUCAUACCUUAGAACCACCUGCCAACCAACAGCCGGAGAAGAAGUGA